AUGUUGUCUUACGCAUUCUACAUGCUCACAGCAGUAGCUGCUUUGCUAGUGACUUGCCAUGCACUGUGUAAAUGUCCAGGACCUGGACUGUCUGUGAGAGAUGGUCUGAAAGGAUGGCCACAUCCACCACGUCCAUCUGAUUUUCAGGACACCGAAUUCUAUGACGUUUUAGUAAAUUUGAAACACCGACUUUCCAGACUUGAAGGCGUGCUUGCUUUGAAAGAGAAAAUAAGAGAAGUAGGAGAGAAAAUGCUUGUCAGCAAUGGGAAGCGAGUUGAUUUUGCAUCUGCACUACAAUCCUGUGAAGAGGCUGGAGGAACUCUUGCAACUCCCACAAAUGAGGAGGAGAAUAAAGCUAUUUUGGGUAUUGUGAAACAGUAUAACCAAUAUGCUUACUUGGGCAUUAAAGAGGGUGAGAUUUCAGGUCAAUUUAAGCAUAUAAAUGGCAUGCCUCUGAAUUAUACCAAUUGGCACCAAUAUGAGCCUAAUGGCGAAGGGAGAGAAAAAUGCGUGGAGAUGUACACUGAUGGGAGCUGGAAUGACAAAAAAUGCAACCAGUAUCGCCUCACAAUCUGUGAAUUUUGA